AUGUAUUAUUAUUUGUUUAUAUCCGGUAUUGCCUUUGAAAGUUUAAUAUAUAAAUGCAAGUGGGGCGCCGCUGCUGAGGAUCUUUCGUCUCCUGUUAUCUUGGAACAUGAAAAACGACAGGAAUUUAAAAGUGUUUCUUUUUUAAAACGUGAUCCUAUUGCUGAAGAAUGA